UUGGGGGAGGCCUACGCAGCUCCUCCUCUCGCCGGCAAGAGCGGUUGGAAGCGAGUAUGGCGGCCCCCGGGGCCGCAGCUACAGACCUAGAGGUGGUUCGAGGCAAGCGCGCCGCCCUCUUCUUCGCCGCGGUGGUCAUCGUGCUGGGGCUGCCGCUCUGGUGGAAGACCACGGAGACCUACCGGGCCCCAUUGCCUUACUCCCAGAUCAGUGGGCUGAAUUCCCUGCAGCUCCGGCUCAUGGUGCCGGUCACUGUCGUGUUUACCCAGGAAUCAGUGCCAUUGGACGACCAGGAAAAGCUGCCCUUCACCGUUGUGCAUGAGAGAGAGAUCCCUCUGAAGUACAAAUUGAAAAUCAAAUGCCGUUUCCAGAAGGCCUAUCGGAGGGCUUUGGAUCAUGAGGAGGAGGCCCUGUCAUUGGGCGGUAUACAAGAGGCAGAAACCAUGUUUGCUGAGCCAUCGGAGCAAGCAGAGGGCUCGCUGACAGUGUACGUGAUCUCUGAACACUCCUCACUUCUCCCUCAGGACAUGAUGAGCUACAUUGGGCCCAAGAGGAUGGCAGUUGUGCGGGGGAUAAUGCACCGGGAGGCCUUUAACAUCAUUGGCCGCCGUGUAAUCCAAGUAGCCCAGGCCAUGUCUUUGACUGAGGACGUGCUUGCUGCAGCCUUGGCUGACCACCUCCCAGAGGACAAGUGGAGCUCUGAUAAGAGGCGGCCUCUCAAGUCCAGCUUGGGCUAUGAAAUCACCUUCAGUUUACUCAACCCUGACCCCAAGUCCCAUGACGUCCACUGGGACAUCGAGGGGGCUGUCCAGCGCUACGUGCAGCCCUUCCUGAAUGCCCUCAGGGCUGUGGGCAACUUCUCUGUGGACUCUCAGAUCCUUUACUACGCAGUGUUGGGGGUAAACCCCCGCUUUGACCCAGCUUCCUCCAGCUAUUAUUUGGCCGCACACAGCCUCCCCCAUGUCAUCAACCCAGUGGAGUCCCGGCUGGGAUCCAGCGCUGCCUCCCUUUACCCUGUGCUCAACUUUCUACUGUAUGUUCCUGAGCUUGCCCACUCCCCCCUGUACAUUCAGGACAAGGAUGGGGCUCCAGUGGCCACCAACGCCUUCCACAGUCCCCGCUGGGGUGGCAUUAUGGUAUACAAUGUGGACCCCAAAGCCUACAAUGGCUCGGAGCUGCCGGUGAGAGUCAAGGUGGACAUGGUGCGGGUGAUGGAGGUGUUCCUGGCUCAGUUGCGGCUGCUCUUUGGGAUUGCUCAGCCCCAGAUGCCUCCAAAAUGCCUGUUUUCAGGGUCUAAGAGUGAAGGGAUAAUGAGCUGGGAGCUGGACCGGCUGCUCUGGGCUCGGUCAGUGGAGAACCUGGCCACAGCCACCACCACUCUCACUUCCCUGGCCCAGCUUCUGGGCAAGAUCAGCAACAUUGUCAUCAAGGACGAUGUGGCAUCUGAGGCUCUCAAGAAACAUUGGUUGAAUGUGAAUUGGAAUGAUAUGAAGUAUGAGCAUACCUUUCAUUCUUCAUUCGUAUCCGGCGCAGGCAGCCGCCGCGGCAGCAAGCUAGCUGCGGCCCCGCGAGGCCAUGAAGGUGAAGAAGGGCGGCGGCGGGGCCGGGACGGGGGUGGAGCCCGCUCCAGGGGCCUCGGGCCGGAGCUUGGAGACCAAGCCGGAGCUGCAGGCGGAAUCCGAAUCCGGGUCCGAGUCGGAGCCGGAGGCAGGCCCGGGGCCCAGGCCGGGGCCGCUGCAGAGGAAGCAGCCGAUCGGGCCGGAGGACGUGCUGGGGCUGCAGCGGAUCACGGGCGAGAUUUAUUUCCACCCCACUCCUUCCUUUUUGAGGAGUCCAUCCCCCUUUCCCAGGUGGAAGUGGAGCAACACCUGCAACUGUGACCCCUUCCCCACAGAGUCUUCAGAGCCCUUUGAAGAUUUUCUCUGCAAUAAUGAGGAAGGGGGCUGAGUGCAGUCUACCCUCAGUCUCCUCCACCCUGGAGGCUAGGUGGAGGCUGAGUUACCAGGGUGGUAUCAAAACCCUCAGUUCUCCCCGACCAUUAAUGCCUUCACCCUGGACACCCCAGGAAGUCUGGGGCCAUCCCCCUCCCCAGGACAGGACCUGAGGAGGAAGCUUCAGUGGGUUGGCUCUGGGCGCUCUCAAGGGAGUGGGUUAAUGCCCACUCUUAGCCUGGACUAGGGCCUGUCCUGUUUUGGGAGGCCAGGUCUCCACUGUGGUUGAAUUUCUGAGCUGGACUGCCUAAGUUGAAGUUCCAACUUUGCCAUGUAAUUGACUGUGUGGCCUUGGGCUAAUAACUUCACCUCUCUGAGCAUAUUCAUCUGUAAAACGGGGAUAAUGAUACCUACCUUGCAGAGCUAUUGUGAAAAUAAAUCCUCUGAUUUUGCACCAUGCCUGGCAUGCUGUGCAUGCCCUGUAAAUAGGGCUCUUUUAUCAAUAGUACUGGGGGCCCCACAGGACUGCUCAUGGCUGCUGCCUAGAGGCAGACAACUGGGCAUUCAGGGCAGGGGAGGGGGUCACCAUAGGCAGGGAACAAGGGCUGGAAAGUCUCAUGGCAGAGGCAGUGGCUGAGCCUCAAAGAACAGAAGGCGUUUGGAGUGGCCUACUACCUUGGCCUCAUUGAUUAGUAACCCUGCCGCAGCUCCCUCUGAGAGAGCAACUCUUGGGGCUCCCCUGUGGGGGUAAGGGGCAGAUGCUGGAGUGGACCUGAGCUCUGGAGCUGCAGGAGCAGCAGAGCCCAGGGCUCCCAAACAGAGCUGUGGAGGAGUCCAUGAUGGCAGGUCUAGGCCUGUGCAUCUGGGUCCCCGGGGGACCAGCAUCUCCCGUCUCUCUGAGCCAGGCAGCAACCAUUCUUGGCUAGGCCCCCAGAGCGCUGAGCUGCCUUACCCAAGCAGGCACUGAUAGAGGGAGGGGGCCUGGGCCAGUCCGAUGUUGGUGCCAAUUGGGCUGUAAUUGGCAACAACAGCAUUUAGGAUUCAGGUUAGCUCUGGGGCAGAACUUCCUUAUAGGGUGUCUAACUUGUCCAGGUCCUAGGUAACUUUAGAGGUUAUUUUGCAACUAUGGGGGCUUCCAACCCAUGUACAACUGUGUGUCUCUGAAUUUGGAGGAAAUUUAUAGCCCUUAGAGAUGCGGCAUCUGCUGUAGAUGAGCAGAGGAAGAGUCUUCACAGGAGCCCUUUCUUUUGUAGAAGUUUAGAACAGGGCUCCAGGACUCUCCCCACUGACACCCCUGCCUGGUCUCUUCUGACCCUAAUCGCACAGGUCUGAGGUUUUUUGUUCCUGGAUUACUCAGCCCUGAAUCCAGCUUAGGAAGCUAUUUGUGGCUGAGGGGAAGGGAGCAGUUGUGUUCUGAGCCCUCGGCCAGUCUUCCCCUUAUCUGACCUGACCCUGGGUCCCAGGCCUCAUCCUUCUCUAGCAGAGGGAGGGAGUGGAGGUGGUGUCCUGAGCCAUGGGCCUCUCCUGUUCCUCACUUCCUCUAAGGACAGAGGAGUUGAUAGGUUGAGUUUGUGGUAGAAAAGACUGAGGUCAUACUGCAAGUUGUUCUCAAAUGAGAGGAGAGGCUCCAGAAGUUAGAGAAUGGAGGAAGAAGGAGGGCUUUAUGGGGAGCUGGGAGUUGGGCAACUAGGAUGCUGUUCCCAGUUCUGCCACAUCCUCUCCUUAUGCUCCGCACCUUCCUUCUUCAUCUUUGGAUUAGUGCUUACUUUCUGUGAAAAUAAGGUGUGUACAGGGUGAGGUAGGAGUUACCUACUUCCAUUCCUCCUCCUCUCCUCUCACCACCAUGGGCUGUGAUGGGCAGGCCAGGGCUCAGGCCCCUCCACAAGCCCUAUGUAGUCCCUGCUGGACCCCAAGGUGCCAGGUGGCUACCAGGAGGGCUUCCUGGAGGGGGCUGCCCCAGGCUUGAGGGAGAGAGAAUGACUUUACAUUCACUUCCUCUUCCUGCCCCAGAGGAAUAAGAGGUGGUCUAGGGGCCUGGAGGGUGAUUUCCGGGCCUCUACGGGGAGGAUGUGAUGCUAUGCAGGCUGACAGCACCAGAGCCCCCAUUGCACCUCUGUGUUCCUUCCUAUUCGCUGCCAGGGCCUCCUUGAGUGCUUGCAGUUGCUGCUGCAAGAGCAGUGAGGGUUGGAUCAGGCCCUGCUAUUUCUAAGCUUCCUCAAGCAGGGCCCACCACUAUUCCUGGUUCCUCUUCUGGGCUCGAGGACUCCCCUUACCCCAUGCACACCCCCGAUGCACCUGCCACACCCUCUUACUGGCCUUGCCUGUACUCUUCUCUCUGGGGGUGGCUCAGCAUCAAGGCUGGAUGGAUGACCUUUGAGGGGGUUCCUUCUGUUUGCUAAGACCUCCUGCUUGAAGAUCAACAGGGAUGGGAGCAAAGGUGGCUCCCUUCCCCCACCCCCCCCAAUAUUCCAGGCUCUGGGCUUGAGUCAGCAGAGCUUUGGCUAAGCUGCUUAAGGGAGCUGGGUUUGUGU